AUGUCAGACCAGUCAAAAGAAGACCUCCUUGCUUGUAUCCGUGAACUAGAACUAGAAAACUCUCGACUCAAAACAACCACAGUCCCCCCAACCCCAGUUGAAACCACCUAUCCCCAAAUCGAUGAGCAUUUUUCACUAGAUGAAUAUAAACGAUAUGGACGACAAAUGAUCGUUCCCCAAUUUGGCAGUCUUCCAUCCCAAAUCAAACUCAAAGACUCCAAAAUCCUAAUCGUCGGUGCCGGAGGACUCGGCUGUCCCGCAUUGUUAUACCUCUCCGCCGCGGGAAUAGGAACGAUCGGGAUCAUAGAUGAUGAUAUUGUCGAUAUCUCAAAUCUCCAUCGACAAGUCUUGCAUACGUCAGACAUGACGGGGGUGCAUAAAUGUGAAUCAGCCCGGAGAUAUAUCGCCAAACUAAACCCCCAUGUCAAAGUGGAAACGUAUCCUUUCAGAUUAGAUAAUGAUAAUGCGUUUGAAAUUGUUGGGAAAUAUGAUUUGGUUUUGGAUUGUACUGAUCAUCCCGCGAUUCGAUAUUUGAUAAAUGACGUUUCUGUGAUCUUGGGGAAGACGAUCAUAAGUGGAUCGGGGUUGAAAUCGGAUGGACAAUUAUCGAUCCUAAAUUUCCAGAAUCAAGGGCCGUGUUAUAGAUGUUUUUAUCCACAGCCACCAUCUCCUGAUUCUGUUACUUCGUGUUCAGAUGGAGGGGUGAUUGGACCCGCGAUUGGGAUUGUGGGGGUUAUGAUGGCCAUGGAGACGAUCAAGGUCUUGACUGGUUUCUAUACCGCUGAGAAUUUUAAUCCUUUCCUUUCGAUAUAUUCAGGAUAUCCACAACAACAAAUCAGGGUAUUUAAGAUGAGAAAAAGACAAGCUGGAUGUGUUGUAUGUGGGAACACUCCGAGUGUGACUAGAGACUUAAUUCAGAGCAAUGUGAUUAAUUAUGAUGUUUUUUGUGGAAAGGCGGUACAGAAACCUAUAGCUCCUGAAUAUAGAAUCCUUCCAAAGGAAUAUCAAUCUAAGGUAAACAGGGAACAUGUCUUGAUAGAUGUUAGACCCAAGGAACAAUUCGCUAUUACUAGUUUACCUAAUGCGAUUAAUAUUGAAUGGGAUCCGAUCUUUAGAAAAGCCGAUCAUAUUGAAGAACUUAUUCCCCAUGUUUCCAAAGAUGAUCCAAUAUAUGUUGUUUGUCGAUUUGGAAAUGAUUCUCAAUUAGCAGCUCAGAAAUUGCUAGAUCAGGGAUAUACCAACGUCAAAGAUAUUAUUGGGGGUAUUAAUAGAUGGAGUGAAGAAGUUGAUAAUAAAAUACCAAAAUAUUAA